UGAGUGAACAACAAUUUACCAAUCGAAAUCGAUUGAAACCGAUUUCAAUUGGCUGUUGAACGCGCUUAAUAACAUUAAAUUUUUUGUUUAAUGUUUGUAAUCGGGUUCGGGCUAAAAAUAUACCACAAAAUCGUUCGUGCGGCCGUUUUCUUUAACCUCGGGUCGGGACAGUAAUCAUGACUUCUCCCAACGAGCGAAGAAAUCCGUUUGAGUCGCCGGAAAACAAAGAUGGCCCUCCGUUGUACAACAGUACGGAAAAUUUCUUUCCGCUCGGCUUCAGCACCCCUCAGCAUCGGAACAAUACGCAACAGAACAACCGAAACUAUUAUUCUGCUCAGCCCAAGUAUAUGCUUCCGCGGCAACGGGGGUUCCAGCAAAAUCGGGGACGAAAUCAGCCGUAUCAGCAUCAGCAACAACAACAACAUCAGCAGCAACAGCAAUAUGAUGGAAGUACGGGCAAAAGUAGUUCGUCCUACGGAAGUGAUGAUGGACCGAGCGGUCAUUUGGCAGGUGGUGGUAAUUAUUCGGGGCGCUCUUUUCAUAACAACCGGAAAUGGAACGACCGGAACUUCCAGAACAAUAGGCAAAACAAUCAGCAGCAAAAUUUCCAACCCCGAAAGCAUCGGUUUGGGCUCGGCCAUCGACAGAAUAACAUUGAAAUGAAAACUCAGUACACCGUUAAUGAUUACUUUCAUCCAUCGAUGCUGGAAGAUCCCUGGAGCAAUCUUAUGGAGAAAGCUGGCCAUGGUACUGCGGCAACGGAAAAGGGAGACCAUUUUUCUGUUGAAACUGCCGAAGAGCAGGAGAGUGGUGGAGGAGGUAGCUUUGGCGUAGGAGAGGAUUAACAUGGACGCAUGCAAGGAAAAGUAGGACAAUUUAUUUUCGGUAAGUCAUAUGGUCUGAGAUCAUUACUAUGAACCUUAUUUCUUGAAUUAAGAAAUGAAUAUUACCAACUAUAAGUAUAAUGGCAUGAUUUCAAACUUUUUCGGAAGCUUUGAAAAGUUCAAUAUCAAAUAUUAAAAUUUAUGAACAUUCUUGCAUGCCACAACACAAUUUCUGAUAAAUUUUACAAUUAAUUUAGUUUCUAUGAAGUUACAAAUUAAAAGACGAUUUGUGGAA